AUGCACCGGCGAUUCAGACGUGCAUCGCUGUUCCGAGCAACGUGGAUGCCUUUACACUACCAGCCGCAACAGGGGGAUACAUUGGCAAGGACCUUACAGUUGAGAGAGGGGCAGUUCGUGACGUUGAGUGGUUCAGAUCCCAACCGGGUGCAUUUGCAUUCCUUGCCCACUCAUUCCCUACCGUCUGACCCAGCCACCACUAGCCGCGCUCUUUCAAUUGUCGAUAAGGCCCAGUGCCUUAUUGUCGUUGGACUCAAGAAGAUACAGGACAAAACAUACGACGACAACGUCAAGAAAGUCGCAGAGCUCUUGGAAAGGGCUCGAUCCACAAAGAUGACGCUAGGCCCAGCCGACACCAACCAUCUUCGUGGAGAGGGCUUUCCUGCAGCUGCUUGCGGAUGGUCCAUGGGUCAGGGCCAGAAGCAGCCUAUGCACACAGGUGGAAAAUAUGCGGGCGUCAUACAAGAGCUCAUCGCCGAGCCUUGCAUCCAGCGAGUAGCAUCUGUGCAAGACGCUGGGUUUGCGUGCUGGUCAUUCAAGAAUUACAAGUACUAUUUGGAUGCUAUGAAGAAACUUGGCGCCUCUGUCGAACGAUUUGAACUGAACUUCGAAUGA